AUGAAUUCCAAGAUAGUGGAGGUGCUGAACCUGAUCGACGAGAAGUCGUUCAAGAAAUGCGAAAAGGUGAUAGCAGCUGGGUUGAAGGCCAAGAAGAAUGAAAAGCUGUACCUGCUGUUGAAAUGUCUGCUCCAUUCGCACGUGAACGAGAUAGACGAGUGCAAGCAGCUGCUGGAGACGCUGGAAGUAGAUGACUCGGACGAAAAUGCGUUUUACAUACUAAGGACCAUAUACACGAAUUUGAACGAAGGUGGAAAGUUAAUCCAUUUGUAUGAAGAGAAAAUGAAGAAGGCAGAAUCGGAUAAGAAGGGCCUGAGCAUCACCAAUGGAAGUAGUAGCGGUAACGUUGGGAGCGCCAUCGUAAGCAGGAGCAACCACAUCAACGCUAGUAGCAACAGCGUCAGUACGUAUGUCAGUAGUAACAACACGAGGGUGGCACAAAAGGAAAAAGUGGAUGUAGAAAGAAUUCUGAGGAACCUUUUUGAUUACUGCCUAAAUACGAGUUUUUUCAAAAAAGGAAGCAAUUUGUCCUUAAAACUGUAUAAGCAGACGAACGACUCAAAGUAUCUCCUCUACAACAGCUACCUCCUGUACAUGAACAACUCAAGCAACAGCACACAAAUCUAUAACUUGGCACUCAACUUUUUAAAAAAUUAUAAAUGUUACAGUAACAAUAAAGUCACAGAGAACUUUUCCUUUUUUUUAGUGUUUUUUUUUAUUAACAUCAAAUUGAGAAAUUAUGAAGAGUGCAUCAAGAUACUGGAAUACGCCAAGAGCAACAACUUCUUCCUCAACCCUUUGCAGUACCAGGUGUACAAGCUGUAUGUACAAUUUAUUUUUAGCAAGCUAGAGAGCUGCAUUUCCGUUUUAGCAGAACUGAUAAAGGAGCUCCCCGAAAACAGCGACUACUACAUCCUCUACAUAGACCUCAUCAUUUAUCUGCUGAACAAACAGAACCCAGAUUUGGAGGUGGAGAACAUUUUUAAUCUUUACAAAAACGAUUUGAUGUACUUAGAGUUCUUUCAAAAGUGCUUCAUACAUUUGUGCGUGCAGAAGGUUCAGGCGUUUCCGGAGAGUAUUUCCACCUUCUGGAGCUGCAUCGAGGGGGAGAAGCAGGACGGGAAGGACGGGAAGGAUGGGAAGGACGGGAAGGAUGGGAAGGACGGGAAGGAUGGGAAGGACGGGUCGGGGGGCUACUACACCGAUGUGAUGAACCUGGUCCUCUCGCUGAACCAGGUGAGCGCCAGCGCGGAGAACGAGGCGGGAAGCGGGCCAAAUGAGGCCGGAGGCAGCGGCGCGGAUGGGGAAAGUGGCCAGAACGAUUUCGGAAGUGAUAAUAGCGAUGCGGCAAGUAGCCAUCACGGAGGGGGAAGCAAACGAAAGGGCAGGCGGGAAUACCACGCACCCUUCGAAAGCAUAAUGAACAAAUUGGAGAGCCUAAUAGAGGAGUACAAAAAUGAUGUUCUGAAGAUCUACAAGAGCCACGAUGUGAAGGUGUACCUAUACAUGCUACUCUCCUUUGUGCUAAAAGAAAGCAGAAAUUAUAAUAUGUUUUAUUCGAUUAAAAAUCACCUCAGCCUUUUGAAAGAUGACAUGAUAGCUAUCCUCAUCGUGUUCGUGAAAAUCAUUUUGAAGAAGCUAUACGUAGCGAUUAGCACCGAAAUGAAGGCCCUAUCGGUGGAAAGCUUCCCUCGAAAUGAAGUGAAGAGGGAAAUACAAAAAAAUAUUCUCCUCUUCUACAAGCAGAUAUACAACUUUGAAAAGCUCCUCUACGUGUUGUAUAAGAAAGAUGUGCACGAAUCGUUUAACCGAGUAUUUUCUAUGUUCAUUCAAGUGACCAAUAAUAUGGAACUGAAGCUGCGGGAUGAUAACUUCGUUGUGCUGCUGGUCGAAAUGGCUUUAUACCUAGACAAGUACAAUCUCUGCCAGUCCGAGCAGAAGAGCAGCUUCGACGAGGCGGUGGCGCACAUGCACAGCGUGGUCAACAGCAGGUGUGGCGAGUUGAACCUCGGGGGGUGCAAAAGCGUCGACGAGUUUCUGGGCCCCAUUGGCUCCUACGAGUGCGCAGUGGUGGAAGGUGCCAGCGCGGCGGAUGCAGCAACCGCGCAGGGGAACAACCCAGAGGUGUAUCACAUCCCGAGCGUCCAGAACGGAAGCACCACCAUUUUUGAGUUGCACGGGGAGGAGAAGAGCGAGAGAGACAUCCAGCUGACCAACCGGGCGUACUACAUCGCCGCCCUGAGCGUUCUGAAGUACUCCUACAAUUACCGCAUCCGCAUGACGGAGAAGGAGAAUGAAGAGAAGAAGGUGAAGCCCAUUCUGAACAACGACUACAUAAAUGUACUUGUCCUGAUGAUAUACCUGAACAACGUGAUAGGAAACUUCACCAAUUUUUCAACCCUAAUUGAUAGGCUGAACAUAAAGAACAUUCAGCUGAUUACCUACUCCCCAAUUUUGUUUAUACACACGUAUAGCUACUCCUACUUUAGCUAUGCAGAAAAUUUGCUAAAAAAUAUUUUGAAUUAUUACAAUGUGCAGCAGGGAAAUCUGAAGAGCUCAGUCUCCAAGUGCUUUCAAAAUAACUCCGUGUUUAAGGUGAACGAAAUUGUGAAUGCCUACUUUUUGAACUCCUCGAAUAUUAUAUUUUAUUUCAUUAAAUUGUUAUACAUUUUUAAGAAGCAGUUGGAGGCAGCGAGGGGUGGGUUUCACUUCGGCAUGUUUGGAAGUGUGAAAAAGGACUACGCAAUUCAUAAUGAGUACUGCACGAAGUUUCCCCCCAUGAAGGAUGCCUCCAAUAGUAGGAGCAGAAGUGAGAAAGCGAAUGGGGCAAGGAAGGCGGCCAACGGAGAGACCGCAGGUGAUAAGGAGGUGGCCCCCAACUUGGGCAGCACGAAGGGUAGCCCAGAAGAUGGGCAUAAAACCUCCUCCCAGAGCAACCUCCCCAUCAGAAACGAAUUCUUCAGUAUGCUAAAACGACUGAAUGAGGACAUCCUGCAGGAGGAGCACGACUUUAAGAGCAACUACUCUAAGCUGAUGCUAGACAAGUUUAACUUCCUCACGAUAGACAACCAGACGAUUCUAAUAAAAUAUAACGUCCCCUCUUUUAGAUUCACCCUUUACAAAUCGUAUGACACCUUUUUUUACAACCACAUUCUGUACGAGGCACUGAACCCAUUGGAGGAGUUCCACUUCCUGAAGGACAUCAAAAUUUUGAACACCACUGAGGCGAAUAGCGUCAACCUGCUGAAGGAUAUUAAGACCGUCUACCCAAUGAUACUCUUGUCGAACUUUUACAAUUUGAAAGGCAGCGUUUAUAUAACUAGCCAUGAGAACAUUCUUGGUUGCAAAAACAUGGGGGAUGUCCUUCACAACAGCGAUAGGAACGUUUCACAUGAAUCUCUGCAGAGUAACAACGAGGUGCCCUUUGACAAGAUCAAGGAGCAUGCCAGCUACAGCAUCAGCGACCACGAAAUCAACUUCUUCAUAAACAACAACAUCUAUGUGAGCUUCGAUAAGGAUAACUACAACUACCGCAAUAGGUACAUCUUCAAAUCGAAUAGCCCCAAGUUCCAAUUCAAUGAGAAUUCCUUCUCCUCCCCCUUUAACAUUUGCCUGACCGAGCUGUUCAACUACCCCAUUCAAACGCUCUACCUGAAUGCGGUUAUCCUAAACACAGUCAUGUAUCUGUUCCAUAAGUCCUUUUACUACUUCGCCGUUACGGAUGAGGCUAAGAAGAAGAAAGUCAUCAGCAAGGCCAAGUGUGCCUUUCUCUACCUCACCUAUAUUGUCUCCUACUAUCAGCUAACGGAGGGCCUAACCGAUGGGGACCUUCUUUACAUGCAAAAGGAGCUGGAUGACUUCACCACGGGGGUAGACACAUCCCACCUCAAGAGGGAAAACGACCCCGUGAAGAAUAACGAGGGGGGAGUUCCCAACCAAGUUUCCCCCUCAGGAGAAUCCCCAGCCCGUAAUGAUAAAAAAACAGCGGGGAAAGAUUACAUCCCAAUUGAUCCCCUCUUCAAGAAGAAAUACGGCCAAGAUGUUUUCAAAAGGUACGAAAUUAUGCAGGCCGCCUACCACAAUGAUAUUUACAGUAAAAAUGCCGCCCUGCAUUAUAAAAGUGUAUUGCUAAAUUUGAACAUGUACAUAAGAAUCCUUGCUGGAGAUAGCAACGUGAAGGAGUUCACGGACAAGCUGCAAUUCCUAGACAACAUCAUUUACCUCAAUGUGUCUAACGAAUUAAAUGUCUUCAAACAAAUUUUGGCAAAGGAUGACUCGUACCAAAUUAUAAACAUGUCCUGUCUCUUCAAGCAGUACAACUACCUCGUGCACAACGUCACCAUCUUUACUCUAAUAAUUCAGUCCAUUUACAACCAGGGCAGGAAGAAAGUUUGCAAUGAAAAUAACGUGCUUAUCAAAAGUUACCUGAUGAGGAAGGUGGCCCUGCUGUGCGACGUGAAUAAAAACUUGCUCUCCCUUUCCGAGGUGCUAGACAACUACCAGCCAGUGAAAGCCUCCGAGGUUUUGAAAAAGUUCGAGCUCGAGUUGGCCGCAGAAAUCGCCGCCUCCUGCAAGCAGCACGUUUUGAAUUUGUACAAUUUGUUCAACGGGAAGAUGCUCAUUAUCAAGUCGUACUUGUGA